AUGGUGGAGGAUAUUGUUGAGGUAUUUAUGGACAAUUUUUCAGUGGUAGAUGAUACUUUUAAUGACUGUUUGUUAAAUCUUAGCAAGGCAUUGCAGAGAUGUGUAGAGGGGUUAGAGGUCGAUAAGGCAAAGAUAGAGAAAUUGCCUCCUCCCAUCUCUAUAAAGGGUGUUUGCAGCUUCCUAGGCCAUACAGGUUUUUAUAGUCUUUUUACCAAAGAUUUCUCUAAAUUUGCACACCCUUUGUGCAAGUUAUUGCAGAAGGAGAUAAAGUUUUACUUUAAUGAGGCAUGCAUAAAAGUGUUUGAUUGCUUGAAGGAGAAGUUGAUCUCAACCCCGAUGAUUGUUGCUCCUGAUUGGUUUGCCUCAUUUGAGAUCAUUUGUGAUGCUAGCAGUGUUGCUUUGGGGGUUGUGCUAGGGUAG